GAUACUUUGCCCAACCUCAGUGGGUGUGUGUGUUUCAGGAAAGUCACAUUUAAGGGAACUGUCUUUUGGGCACAGAACAUUCUUUUCUUUUUCUCAAAUCUGUUUUUCUCUUCUUUUCUUCACAUUUUCUUCUUCCUUUUCUUAUACAGAUAUUCUGGAUUCUUAUAAUCAUCCCAUCUCCUGUCUGGCAGUUCAGCAAUUUAAAAAGAAGAUGAAACCCAUUGAACUUGUGUUUUUUCUGUCACUGGUCUUACAAAUUUGCUCUGUAACAGGAAAUGGGCCUGUCCCAGUGAUUGACCAUGUAGAAGGUUCUGUCGUGCUGCCAUACAGCCUGUCAGUUCCAGUUAGAGAAGCAUAUUGGGAUUUUCCAUGCAAUGGACACAGAGUAAAAGUGGCCGAAUUCAGAGACCAAAAGUUUAGUAUCACCAGGGAGGAGUUCCGCAGCCGCAUGGAUUGCUCUGACAAUGGAACCUCAUUAAUGAUCAGAAAUCUGAGAAUGAACGACAGUGGGAUCUACACUGCACUCAUUUAUGACACUGAACAGAGAAGACAUGAAAUAUCUUAUAAUCUCACAGUAUUCAAGCUGGUUCCCAAGCCAGACAUAAAGAAGCGGAAUGAAGAUGGUCAGUGUAAUUACACCCUUCACUGUUCCAUCCAAUCAGACUCCUCAGCGCUGUCCUACAGUUGGAUGUACAGAUAUAAUAACUUUGAGUAUCAACACUAUGCAAAUGGGAGCACAAUCCAAAUCUCAGCACAGAAAAACACAUGGGAAUUUCUCUGCUUGGUAGAAAAUCCUGUACACAAGAACAAUGAGACUUUUACUGUACCAACCUGUCAUGGGAUACAAACAGUUAAUGCUGAAAAUAAAAGGCUUCGAGUGUUAUUGAUUGGUGCAACUGUACCUGUACUCCUUGCAGUUGUAAUUGCUGUGUUUCUAAUAACAAGAAUACAGAUAAAAAUGAAGGCUGACAUUAUAUAUAAAGAAAUUCAGGUUUUUCCAAAGAAAAGUACAAAUCAGGAAAAUGGAACUGACAGCAAAGGUUUGUUGUAUCAAGAAACAACCUAUGUUGAUGUAAAGCGAUAGCUGGCCUCCUCUCAGUAGAGAUGUAGCGAACUGUUCGCCGGAGA